GCCACCCUCAACCGUGAUGGUCCCUCAUUACACAAUGGACCCCAAUACUGGUUAUCCCGCAGGCUAUCCCGUCCCGACACAGAGCCCCCAAAACCAACAGAUGCCUUUUUACCCUAACGCCGCUCCCCCAUACCCCCAAUCAAAGACACCCUCCGCUCAACAUUUUGGUGCUAUGCCCAUGCAGCCUGGUCCUGGUGGAGCUAUGAUGCCUUCAGGAUUCCCCCAACAAUCUUCCGGUCGCUUUAUUUUGUUGGAAUACCUUGGACUGACCAUAUGCUUAAUCAUAAUAGCAGCACCUAUGGAUAAUUUCUCAGCGCCCUACACCCAGGCUCCUAUUCCUACCCCCAUGGGCCAGUUUGUCCCCCCUCAAGGCACAUCCGGCGCAAACAUGCCAUCUCAAGUAGCGCAGACCUUCUCUCAAAACAUGGCUUCCAUAUCAGCGAACAACCUACUCGGUACACAGCCCAAACCCCCUUCGCAAAUGAACUCGCCCCAAACCGGUGCCUCUCCUGCGGCUCCAAACCAGGCUCAGGCGCAAGCCCAAGCCCAAGCUCAAGCUCAGUUUGCGGCACGUGAAAAGGCCCGCGUCACGGCCCUCCUCGACAUCAACUCAGCCUUGUUGCAAGAGGUGGUGAACCUUCAAGCGGCCGGCAAGGCUGGCCCCGCCUCCAACCCGGAUACAAACUCACCGGCGUCUGAGCAACCGGAUGCAUCCAAAAUCAAUCAAAAACCGAGCCCCGAAUACAUUGAGUGCAUGCGACGCCUACAAGCCAACCUGGCCUACCUCGCGACUAUCGCCGAUCGAGCGAAGAAAGCGGGCGGCGUCGUGCCCCAAACGCCAGCGAUCAUGACACCACCUCCCAACCUUCCCGCUGUAAACGAGCUAUAUGCCAGACUCAAUGAGCUAUUCUCGCGUUCUGCAAAGGCAUCUACACCGCAAAGACCGAGUCCUCCUUCCAUGCAAGGAAAUGGUGGACCUAGCCCUGGCGCUAUGAAUGAGUCGAUUAUCUGA